UUAUGGCGGCGGUAGUUUUCGUUCUGACUCGUUCAUGAUUGCAGGGUUGAAAUGUGCUUCUGGUAUUCAUGCUGCUUAGUGCUUACUUCUAUAAUGCGCACGGCUGCACUUAGAUGCAAUAGCAGUAGCAGAAGUGUAUGCUGAUAAAGCUAUUGACAGAUAGAUCAAAGUCAAAGAAUUCUGAGACAAGUUAAAAACAUCAUAAAUUGAAAGGAUACUAGGGUAUAUGGAUUAUGGAGCCUUUGCCAUGACCAUAGGUUUUAUAGAUGUUACAACUUGUCAGAGAAUAUGAAGUUUGAAGAUUUGACAGCCAGGGAUUAGAAAAGAACAAUUAACUGGAACAAUGCGAGCAAAGGUGUUCAGAAUUCUUGCCAUCUCCAGAGGAUGGCAGACGAGCAUGCUCAGCAGAUAGCUAACCUGCGACAAUCCUUCUUCGACCAGCAACUGCUUAAUGAGAAAUUCUUCCGAACUGAGGAAAUAGAUAUAGGGCUCCCUGGCUUUCUGGAGGAUUUUUACUGCACUUAUUUCCGGGAGGCAGAGAGGCUUGUGGUGACUCUUAAACUAGAGCUGCAUGGCCCUCCGUUCGAUGUUGAAUCAAUUGAACUGUACCUUCAUGAGUUCAGAUCCAACACUAAAAGUGCUGGUGCUGUUAAAGUGCUGACACAGAUAGGCCGCUGCAUUGAAUGUAGCUCUGCAUUGGACUUUGCUGGAUGCUUGGCUUGUUUGGAGGAGGCGAGUACAGAGAUGAAGUACCUGAAGCGCCAACUCAAGAAUUACUUCAGGUUGAUAAGGCAAGGCCCUCCUACUGUGAUCGACGACUGCCCAGACUUUGGUGACGAAAGCAGCAGCGAGGAGUAAAAGAAGUGGCUUGCUUGUGAAAGUCAGAAAGUGCAUGGGGACUGUGUUUAGUUUGUGUUUUCUUUAGGAAGAAAAAACAAAAGGGGAGUGUUGCCCCUUUUGUUUGUUGUUUGUUGUUUGUUGUUUGUUGAUGCACUCUGAAACUCUGUUAUGACUGUUAUGUUCCUGUUUCAAAAAUUCAAUACAUCUCCUUUCGAAUUUGGAAUUGAUAUGUUUUAAAUACUUACCUUACUUAUAUUUC